UUUUUUUGUCCCUCCCGAUUUAGCGCCUGAGUCGUCAUACACCAAGCGAGCAGUUCUGUCCCAGAUCGCAAGGCUGUUCGACCCCGCGGGGUGGUUGGCCCCAUUCAUUGUUCGGUCCAAGAUCUUCAUGCAAGAAAUCUGGUUGCAGGACCUGGGAUGGGACGAUGAGCUUCCAAGCGAGAUGCGCCAGCGCUGGCAAAGUUUCCUGCGGAGCUACUCCGCUCUCGACCAAAUCCAUAUUCCAAGAUGGGUCGGCUCCCGGCCAGCGGUAAAAGUCGAACAUCAUGUGUUCUGCGAUGCAUCCGAGAGGGCUUACGGUGCCGCCAUCUACGUGCGCAUUGAGGUUGACCGUUUGGUAGAGGUGCAGCUUCUCACAGCGAAAACGCGAGUCGCACCCGUGAAAACCGUGUCGCUCCCCCGGUUAGAGCUUUGCGGGGCAGUGCUUUUGUCCGAAAUGGCGGCGGCUAUCCUGCCGAAUAUGUCAACAGCAAGUACGAGCUGCUAUCGCUGGACCGAUUCCACCAUAGUCCUCUCCUGGCUGGCAAAGCCCGCGUGUCACUGGACCACGUUCGUGGCCAACCGAGUGACUAGGAUAUCUCAAGCGACCGAUAAUGCAGUCUACCAUUAG